AUGAAAGUCAAGCGGCACCGAACGGGUGAACUAGAAGGGACCCUGGAGGUCAUCCAGUCCAACCACAAGCUGCAAGCCGGGCAGCUCGCAAGGCCAAUGGGUCUUCCCCGGCCCAUUCGAGACCAGGCACCCCAGCGCCUCUUCCGCCAAGCCGCCAUGUAUGCUCGGACGCGGUGGGGGCGGGGGGCGCCGAGGCACGGGCACCCGCCAUCCCUGCCCCUCGGCCUCUCUCCAUCUCUCUCCCCCCCUUCCCCCGCAGCAGACCCCGUGGAUGUGCUGAAGGUGCUGCAGCUGCACAAGCAGCCCCAGGGCGUGCGCAGGACGGCGGGCUUCUGCCCCAGGAGGCGCUCCGGAGCCGCCCCAGACGUGGCCUACCGGAUAUCCAGGCAGGCGCAGCUCAGCGCCCCCACCCGGCAGCUCUUCCCAGCAGGCAAGUUCCCGGAGGACUUUUCCAUCAUGGCGCUGCUGAAGCCCAAGGCCGGCCUGCAGGCCUUCCUGCUCUCCAUCUACAACAAGGACGGCCUCCAGCAGCUGGGCGUGGAGCUGGGCCGCUCCCCCGUCUUCCUCUACGCGGACCAGCGCGGCCGCCCCGCCCCAGAGGACUACCCCGUCUUCCGGGGCGUCAACCUGGCUGACGGCAAGUGGCACCGCGUGGCGCUCAGCGUCAGCAAGAAGCAGGUGACGCUCCUCCUGGACUGCAAGAAGAAGGCCACGCGGCCGCUGCCCCGCGGAAGCCAGCCGGUUGUGGACACGCGGGGCAUCACCGUCUUCGGCACCCGCCUCCUGGACGAGGAAGCCUUUGAGGGUGAGAUCCAGCAGCUGCUCAUCUCCCCCAGCCCCCAGGACGCCUACGACUUCUGCGAGCACUACAGCCCCGACUGCGACGGCGCCACCCAGAAGCCCCAAGCCCAAGAGGCCGCGCAGAGGCCCGCCAGGCCGGGGUUCUCUGACGUGGCCGCGGAAAAGCAGCAUGCCCACUCUCACGGGCCCGGGAAGGACGGGACGGGCUCUCCAGCCUCCACGCCUCUGUGGGGAGCCGGUGAGCAGGCCCGGGAGCAGGCACAGAACGGCUGGCGACUCCAGUCCAGGAGCCCCAGUCAGGCCCUGCACCCUGCCCCACGGUCUCUGCGGCCCCCGCAGCCUGGCAGCUGCUGCGUCGCGUCCCGGAACGCCGCCAAGCCUGGCGCCCCCCGCAAGCCCAAGGCGAAGCGGCCGCAGAAGCGCCAGCUAGCGGCCAUGCCGCCCCCCUACGCCAAGACGGGGGCCAAAAACGGGAAGUCCUCGGGCAAGGCCCGCGGUGGCGGCGGUGCCGGUGCCAAGGCGACUGCGGGGGGCAGAUCCUCGGCCGCGAAAAGCCCCCCGGGCAGAGCUGGUGGCCAGGCGCACGCCGGGGCCGGCGGGACCCGGACGCCGGGAAACAGCUACCAGCAGGAGGAGGUGCCCAGCCCACGUCCCGCCGAAGAGCAGGUGUUCGCGGAGGAGGAGGUGCCAGGUGUGGGCCUGGGGCACCGGCACCCCUACGAGGACCUCGGCCAGCUGCCGGAGCUGGGCCCUGUGCUCCCGGCCGAGGCCCCGCCUGGCGGAGGCGUGCUGCACGGGGCCAGAGGCAUCAAAGGGCAGAAGGGGGAGCCGGCCGUCUUCGAGCCCGGCAUGCUGGUGGAAGGUCCCCCUGGCUCGGAAGGACCGCCGGGCUUCUCGGGGCCGCCCGGCACCCAGGGACCCCCCGGACCCUCCGGCGAUCCCGGCGACAGGGGUCCUCCAGGACGGCCCGGCAUGCCCGGAUCCGACGGUGUCCCUGGACCCCCCGGCACGUCCAUGAUGCUCCCGUUCCGCUUCGGGAGCAGCGGAGGCGGCAAGGGACCCGUCGUGGCGGCGCAGGAAGCCCAGGCCGAGGCCUUCUUACAGCAAGCCCGCAUGGCCCUGCGCGGCCCCCCAGGACCGGCGGGAUACACCGGCCGCCCUGGCCCCAUGGGUCCACCGGGCAGCAACGGCAUAAAGGGAGAGCACGGAGACUUUGGCUUCCAGGGACCGCGGGGGCCGCAAGGGCUAACUGGCCCCCCAGGGAAGCCGGGCCGCCGAGGUCGUGCCGGAGCUGAUGGGGCACGGGGAAUGCCGGGGGAACCCGGCGUCAAGGGUGACCGUGGGUUCGACGGACUCCCCGGCCUUCCAGGGGAGAAAGGACAUCGGGGUGACGCCGGCGUGCAGGGCAUCCCUGGCUCUCCUGGGGAAGACGGCGAGAGGGGAGACGACGGUGAAGUUGGACCACGGGGACUUCCCGGGGAGCCGGGACCCAGAGGAUUGCUCGGCCCCAAAGGGCCCCCCGGGAUCCCCGGGCCGCCGGGCGUGCGCGGCAUCGACGGACCACACGGGCCGAAGGGGAAUCUGGGUCCGCAAGGAGAGCCCGGCCCCCCCGGCCAGCAGGGGACUCCAGGGACACAGGGUCUGCCAGGGCCGCAGGGGGCAAUGGGUCCCCCAGGAGAAAAGGGUCCCACUGGGAAGCCAGGACUCCCUGGAAUGCCCGGAUCUGAUGGCCCUCCAGGCCACCCGGGCAAGGAGGGACACCCCGGCACCAAAGGAAACCAGGGCCCGUCCGGUCCGCAAGGUCCAAUCGGCUACCCAGGGCCUCGAGGUGGAAAGGGAAUUGAUGGAAUCCGUGGCUUGAAAGGCCACAAGGGCGAGAAGGGGGAAGAAGGCUUUCCCGGCUUCAAGGGUGACGUGGGUGUGAAAGGAGACCGGGGUGAAGAUGGCGUCCCAGGCUCCCGAGGGGAGGAUGGCCCCGAAGGCCCCAAAGGCCGGACUGGGCCCUCUGGAGACCUGGGCCCCCCAGGGCUCGUAGGAGAGAAGGGGAAACUGGGUGUACCAGGACUGCCCGGCUACCCAGGCCGACAGGGCCCCAAGGGUUCACAAGGCUUCCCGGGGUUCCCCGGGACCAAUGGCGAGAAGGGCAGCCGGGGCCUCUCCGGGAAGCUCGGGCCUCGAGGCGAGCGGGGACCCUUGGGCCCCAGAGGACAGCGUGGGCCCCGAGGAGCCACCGGAAAGCCCGGAGCAAAGGGCAUCUCUGGCAGCGAAGGACCGGCCGGGCCCCUCGGGGAGCGGGGGCUGCCUGGGCCACAAGGGCCGAAUGGAUUCCCCGGACCGAAAGGACCCCCUGGCCCCCCCGGGAAGGACGGGCUGCCCGGCCACCCUGGACAGCGGGGAGAAGUCGGCUUCCAAGGCAAGACCGGCCCCCCCGGAGGUCCGGGGGUCGUGGGACCACAGGGCGCCCCAGGAGAAACGGGCCCGAUGGGGGAGAGGGGCCACCCCGGCCCUCCCGGCCCCCCUGGGGAGCAAGGUCUGCCAGGCCCAUCCGGGAAAGAAGGGACCAAGGGGGACCCCGGCACAACCGGCAGCCCGGGGAAAGACGGCCCGGCUGGACUGCGCGGCUUCCCCGGAGAACGGGGCCUUCCUGGGACUGCUGGGGGGCCUGGACUGAAAGGCAACGAGGGACCCGCCGGACCCCCGGGACCCGCUGGCUCUCCAGGGGAGAGGGGGGCAGCGGGGUCGGGAGGCCCCGUCGGGCCCCCGGGAAGACCCGGACCACAAGGACCGCCUGGCCCGGCUGGGGAGAAGGGCGUGCCUGGCGAGAAGGGGCCCCUGGGCCCGGCUGGUCGCGACGGGGCGCAGGGCCCGGUGGGCCUGCCGGGCCCCGCAGGGCCACCCGGGGGUCCCGGCGAGGACGGUGACAAGGGCGAGGUGGGAGACCCGGGGCAGAAGGGCAGCAAGGGCGGGAAAGGCGAGCACGGUCCUCCUGGUCCACCCGGACCCCUGGGCCCCCCCGGACAGCCAGGCACUGCGGGCGCUGACGGGGAGCCCGGAGCCAGAGGCCCACAGGGCCACUUCGGGGCCAAGGGGGACGAGGGGACGCGAGGCUUCAAUGGCCCCCCAGGGCCAGUAGGCCUGCAGGGUAUGCCUGGACCCUCUGGAGAAAAGGGUGAGACCGGAGACGUGGGGCCCCUGGGACCCCCGGGACCCCCAGGACCACGAGGCCCGGCCGGACCCGCAGGAGCCGACGGUCCACAAGGCCCCCCAGGAGGCAUCGGAAACCUCGGUCCCCCCGGGCAGAAGGGCGAGCCCGGCGAGCAAGGGGGUCCCGGGGUCCCCGGAGAGCCUGGAGGAAAGGGCCCACGGGGCGAAAGGGGGGAGAAAGGAGAGGCCGGAGCUGCCGGGGUGCCCGGGCCCCCGGGCGGAAAAGGCCCCCGCGGAGAUGACGGCCCCAAGGGCAACCCCGGUCCCGUCGGUUUUCCCGGCGAUCCAGGCCCCCCCGGCGAAAUGGGACCCCGGGGCCAAGACGGAGCCAAGGGCGACCGAGGGGAAAGCGGCGAGCCCGGAGAAGCGGGGUCUCCUGGUCCCACGGGCGAGAACGGCCCCCCCGGCCCGCUGGGAAAGAGGGGCCCGGCCGGCACCCGCGGCCCCGAGGGACGGCAGGGGGAGAAAGGCAAAAAGGGAGAACCGGGUGCGCUGGGACCCCCCGGGAAGACCGGGCCGGUGGGCCCGCAGGGAGCUCCCGGGAAGCCAGGAACCGACGGGCUGAGGGGCCUCCCUGGAUCCGUGGGGGCACAAGGCAAGCCGGGCUCCCCAGGACAGGCCGGGCCCCCAGGGCCAGCGGGCCCCCCCGGCUUGCCAGGACUGCGAGGGGACUCCGGGCGCAAAGGAGAGAAGGGCCACCCCGGCCUCAUCGGCCUCAUCGGACCGCCGGGAGAGCAGGGGGAGAAGGGAGACCGCGGCCUGCCCGGCCCCCUGGGCAGCAAGGGCCACAAGGGAGAGACUGGCAUCUCCGGCCCGACCGGCCCCAUCGGCCCCGGUGGGCCCCCCGGACUUCCCGGUCCCCCCGGCCCCCAAGGCGCUAAAGGAGCCACGGGUCAAGCAGGACCCAAAGGCCAGCGAGGGGUCCCCGGACCACCCGGGCAGCCGGGCCCCCCGGGCGAGGUCAUCCAGCCGCUGCCCAUCCAGCGGCCCAGGAAGAGCCGGCGCUCCGUCGACGCCAGCCAGAUCGUACCGGAGGAGGAGAUGGCGUCGGACGCGGCCGGACGCGGGGCCCCCCGGGGCCUGGAGGAGGUCCACGGCUCCCUGCACUCGCUGCGGGAGGAGAUUGAGCUGAUGCGCAAGCCCCUGGGCACGCCGGACAGCCCUGCCCGCACCUGCCAGGACCUGCACCUUUGCCGCCCGGAGCUCCCCGACGGCGAGUACUGGAUCGACCCCAACCAGGGCUGUGCACGCGAUUCCUUCAAGGUCUACUGUAACUUCACGGCUGGCGGCGAGACGUGCGUGUUCCCCAGCCGGGAGAGCCGGGAGGUGCCUGUGGCCGCAUGGGAGGGAGAGACGCCCCCGCGCUGGUUCAGCCAGUUCCAGAAAGGAAGCAAGUUCUCCUACGUGGACGCGGACGGGCAGCCCCUCGGCGUCGUCCAGCUGGCCUUCCUGCGCCUGCUCAGCCUCUCGGCCCGGCAGAACUUCACCUACCGCUGCCAGCGCUCGGCCGCCUGGCACAGCCCGGGGGGGCACCAGCGGGCCCUGCACUUCCUGGGCGCCAACGAGGAGGACCUGAGCUACGACAGCAGCCCCUUCGUCAAGGCGCUGGAGGACGGCUGCGCGGCGCGGAAGGGCCCCGCCGAGACCCUGCUGGAGGUGAACACGCCGGCCGUGGCGCAGCUGCCCCUGCUGGACGUGCGCGUGGCCGACUUCGGGGAGCCCGGCCAGAAGUUCGGCUUCGCGGUGGGGCCGGCCUGUUUCCUCGGCUAG